AUGGGGCUCCCCGCGCUUGAGUUCAGCGACUGCUGCCUCGACAGCCCGCACUUCCGAGAGACGCUCAAGUCUCACGAAGCGGAGCUGGACAAGACCAACAAAUUUAUCAAGGAGCUCAUCAAGGACGGGAAGUCACUCAUCAGCGCGCUCAAGAAUUUGUCUUCAGCGAAGCGGAAAUUUGCAGAUUCCUUAAAUGAAUUUAAAUUUCAGUGCAUAGGAGAUGCAGAAACAGAUGAUGAAAUGUGUAUAGCAAGGUCUCUGCAGGAGUUUGCCACUGUGCUUAGGAAUCUUGAAGAUGAACGGAUUCUGAUGAUUGAGAAUGCUAGCGAGGUGCUCAUCACCCCCUUGGAGAAAUUUCGGAAGGAGCAAAUUGGGGCUGCCAAGGAAGCCAAAAAGAAGUAUGACAAGGAGACAGAGAAGUAUUGCGGCAUCUUAGAAAAACACUUGAAUUUGUCUUCCAAAAAGAAAGAAUCUCAGCUUCAAGAGGCAGACAGCCAAGUGGACCUGGUCCGACAACAUUUCUAUGAAGUGUCCCUGGAGUAUGUCUUCAAGGUGCAGGAAGUCCAAGAGAGAAAGAUGUUUGAGUUUGUAGAGCCUCUACUGGCAUUCUUGCAAGGACUUUUCACUUUCUAUCAUCAUGGUUAUGAACUGGCCAAGGAUUUCAGCGACUUCAAGACACAGUUGACCAUUAGUAUACAGAAUACAAGAAAUCGCUUUGAAGGCACCAGGUCAGAAGUGGAAUCACUGAUGAAGAAGAUGAAGGAGAAUCCCCUUGAGCAUAAGACCAUCAGUCCCUACACCAUGGAAGGGUACCUCUAUGUUCAGGAGAAACGUCACUUUGGAACUUCUUGGGUGAAGCACUACUGUACCUACCAACGGGAUUCCAAACAAAUCACCAUGGUACCAUUUGACCAAAAGUCAGGAGGGAAGGGGGGAGAAGACGAAUCAGUCACCCUCAAAUCCUGCACAAGGCGGAAAACAGACUCUAUAGAGAAGAGGUUUUGCUUUGACGUAGAAGCAGUAGACAGGCCAGGGGUUAUCACCAUGCAGGCAUUGUCGGAAGAGGACCGGAGGCUCUGGAUGGAAGCCAUGGAUGGCCGGGAACCUGUCUACAACUCGAACAAAGACAGUCAGAACGAAGGGAUGGCACAGUUGGACAGCAUCGGCUUCAGCGUAAUCAGGAAAUGCAUCCACGCUGUGGAAACCAGAGGGAUCAAUGAACAAGGGCUGUACCGUAUCGUGGGGGUCAACUCCAGAGUGCAGAAGUUGCUGAGUGUCCUGAUGGACCCCAAAACAGCUUCCGAAACAGAAACGGAUAUCUGUGCUGAAUGGGAGAUCAAGACUAUCACUAGUGCACUGAAGACCUACCUAAGAAUGCUUCCAGGACCACUCAUGAUGUACCAGUUUCAAAGAAGUUUCAUCAAAGCAGCAAAGCUGGAGAAUCAGGAGACUCGGGUCUCUGAAAUCCACAGCCUUGUUCAUCGACUCCCAGAGAAAAAUCGGCAGAUGUUACAGCUUCUCAUGAACCACUUGGCCAAUGUUGCUAAUAACCAUAAGCAGAAUUUGAUGACGGUGGCAAACCUUGGCGUGGUAUUUGGACCCACCCUGCUGCGGCCUCAGGAAGAAACAGUGGCAGCCAUCAUGGAUAUAAAAUUCCAGAACAUUGUCAUUGAGAUCCUAAUAGAAAAUCAUGAAAAGAUAUUUAACACUGUGCCGGAUGCACCGCUCAGCAAUGCCCAGCUGCACCUGUCUCGGAAGAAGAGCAGUGACUCCAAGCCCCCAUCCUGCAGCGAGAGGCCCCUGACGCUCUUCCACACUGUGCAGUCCACAGAGAAACAGGAACAAAGGAACAGCAUCAUCAACUCCAGUCUGGAAUCUGUGGUUUCAUCAAAUGCAAACAGCAUCCUUAAUUCCAGCAGCAGCCUGCAGCCAAACAUGAACUCUAGUGACCCAGACCUGGAUGUGGUCAAACCCACGCGGCCCAACUCACUCCCCCCGAAUCCAAGCCCAACAUCACCCCUCUCGCCAUCUUGGCCCAUGUUCUCGGCGCCAUCCAGCCCUAUGCCCACCUCAUCCACGUCAAGCGACUCAUCCCCCGUCAGGCCAGAAGAAGAAGUUCGUGAAGACUCCAGCACACCAUUCCGGAAGGCAAAAGCCUUGUACGCCUGCAAAGCUGAGCAUGACUCCGAGCUCUCGUUCACAGCAGGCACGGUCUUCAAUAAUGUUCAUCCAUCUCAGGAGCCUGGAUGGUUGGAGGGGACUCUGAACGGAAAGACUGGCCUCAUCCCCGAGAACUACGUGGAGUUCCUCUAACCGUGGGCCCCAGCAGAACUGCUGAGCUUUACAUGGUAUCCAUGACAACUGCUGAUUCCAGUGUUGUAGACCAUUUCUCUUUGCCACUGAGAAAUGCAGGGCGACAGACUGUGUUGAUACCUGUCAACAUGAACAUUUCUGUGAACUCCGGUGUAACCCAUCCCCAUGAUCAUCUCAGCUGACACACGGCGAUACUGCAAGAAGCAGAAGUAAAUUGGCAGAGGAGGCCGUUUGACUUUGAUAACCUAGAGAAAGGCUUGCAAAGGCAUUUUCUCAUGAGCACCCUAAAUAGGGAGCACUCAUUCUGUUUCAACAGUCAUCCAAACUCCAACCUUCUGAAAGACAAAGUAAGAUGAAAGUAGUCCCCAAGACCACACAGCGUAGCUAAGCCCAACAGGGGUGGGCGAAGAAAUUAGCACUGAGAUGUAGGCUGGGUCUAUGCUUUUGUUUACAGUAGAUACUCUCUCUACUCCACCUCUAAGUACUUGAGACCUGUUCUGCUGCAGGCAGCUGGGUGUGUUUGUUUGCGUGCAGGAUGGAAAGGGGUUACGGCACUGUUUACAUAAGAUCCAAUCUCUCACCAUCUCUGAAGCAGCCCUUGGCCCGUCAUCAGCAGAAUGCAGUCCAGCCCUCUCAUGCAAAGGAACACAAACACCCCAGGAUCCCCCUCCCAAGCAAAGAACUUGCCACUGAGGAGGGCUGCCAUCACCUAGUAACCAUGGCAACUCAACCUACUCUAAAACCAAACCAAAAAAUAGCACACUCUCUACAUGGCACUUUUUUUUUUCCUCCCCCUUUUUGGUAGUCUUUAAAAUGGUUUUCCAACUACCUGAAGCAAAAGAUCAAGGAAUGGGAGUGGUGUACUUGAGGCAGCCAGAAUCGCAGCUGGGAACUGUCUCUCCCCUUUCUGAUGAAGUUCAGCAGCAUCAGGAUGGAUAUAUUGGGAGCACGCUCUAGUAACUUCUUGAGAUUAAAUCACAUACUGGCUUGAUAUAUGUGUUCUUCCAUGCAACUGGCAUUUGCUUUCUAGAGGGCAAGAUGCUGCUUCCCAAUGGGUGAUGCCCUCCCUUUGUGUGCUUCCCUUGUGACCUCCCAUUAACCCCUCCCUGGCCUGCCCUUACCUGCCUCUAGCCUAUCACUCACCAGUUCCCUUGCAGUGCACUGGUGGUUUUCAGGGAUGGUUCCUGGGGUGACCUUGUGGACUAUAGUUUAAAUGACAUAGUUGUUCACUGCCACUCAGAAAAAGGGAGUUGUUUCUCAGGCCAUGCAAGCACAAGACUAAUAUCAUAUGCCAUUGUGAUUCAGGAAGACACCAAAAGGUUGGAGGAUGGAAGGUGGAAUGGGGACCUUCUGAGAAAAGGAAUUUCUUGGUCUAGAAGGGGUUACGUGUUGUGGACAUUUGUGGAAGACUGUCUUAGUUGGGAAAGUAAGGCCUGGGCAUUCCAGAUUCGCUCAGCCUCCAGAGAACAGAGUCACCAGUAUCUUCUACAUUUGAAUCUUCUUGCAAGAGUGACUCUGGACAGAACAACUAAAAACUAAUGGACUAGAAAGCUCCCAGGACCCCCUUGGGAUGACGGCGUUGUUCCAGAGAGUGUUUCCUUCCUUCUGGAAUUUCUAUCUAGGGAACUUAACUUUAAAGAAGAAAAGAAAAACUUGAAUUGUGUUGAAUUACUGUACCUUUUACUUUUUUUUUUUUUUUGAACAGAUAAACUUGUAAAUAGAGUGAUUUAAAAUACUGUAUGGUAAAGUUUUAUAUUUUAUAUUCUUUAAGCUAGUUGCUCUAUACAUUUAAGCUCUGAUUGCUGCACAAGUGUGCAUAGGAGGGAGAGAGGAGGCAAAAUCAAAGACAGUCAAGGUCCUCCCCACUCUGGCCUUGAGGAGGGAGAAGAUAUUCCUGUGUGCUCUACAUUGGCUCUUGUUGGUGGGCACGACAGAUUGUCCAGUCUUCUUUAUCCAAAUUUUUUUCUGAGCAUUUCUUGGGCUUUGAAUUUGGAGUGAAAUGGAAAGAACAUCUUGAGGCAAUGGAUUUUUCAAAGAACUCCCUCUUAGUAGUAAGGUAAAGCUCAGGAUUUGAAUAGAUGGGGCCAGGGAUUAGAUUUUCUUCUCAGGUGUACUUCUUGGUACCCCAAGAUAUCAGGAUAUCAGGACAGAGGAGAUGGGACAAUUACUGUGCUCCUUAUAUCUUUUCUCCACAUCAUUUAAGGCUUUAUAAAUGAGGCCAAGCCAGUUUGCAAAUUUAGUGUGCAUCUUAAGUCCUGAGAAAAAUCGACUUCUUAGGAUCUUUGGUUCUCGAUGUGUUGCUGCUUUCCCUAAACAUUUUUAUGCCCUUUGCUUUCAUCUCCAGAUUCCCUAAUAACCUAAAAUAAGAGAAAGACUCCAAAGAGGGAUGAAGAUUGUGACAUUAUAGCUUUAUAGAUGGUUUUGAAGUUAAUAGGAGUUCAUCAUUGUCAUUCACUAUUCAGUUUAUCAGCUCAAGGAUUAUAUAGCUGUUACUCAGAAACUCACCCAGAAGCAAGGUAGACACUACCACCGGAUCAGAGAACAAAAA